CUUGACCGAAGUUUAACAGUGGAAGAAGAGCUCACUGCAUGUCUCUCUGCUGGCUCUGGACUCACCGGCAGCCCCUACAGCCACCCCCACCCCCACCCCGCAUCCCUCCAGGCUGGAGAGAAAAUCGCGUGAAUCCCUGGGCCUUCCCAUCAGUGUCGGGGGACAAGACGAGGAACCAGUGGGAGGGACUGUAUAGUCAGCUCUGAGGGAUGGUCCGUGCCACGAAGAUCCUGACUGCAGCCUCCCCUCAAAAUGGAAGAGGAAAGGGCAUCCCCCUGAACGGCCAGCUGGGAUGACAGCACCCUGAGGUGUCCUCCUCAGGCUUUGAGGGUCAAGCGGUCACAACCUGAGGGCCCCAGGAGGGACUCGAGAAGCCUGGGCAGGACUGGCCACCCUGUUCUCGCCCUCCCCUGUGCAGCCGCAGGCCUACGGCCUAACCAGUCAGAUUCCUCUAUAUCACUCAGAAGUGUAAAUGCGCUGGCCUCCCAGAGUGGAUCCACGUGGCUGACUUCAAGAAGAAGGGUCGGCAGUGUUUCUUGAGUGCUUCCUAGAAGAGCCAUGGGGUGGGAGACCCUGGCCCUCGGCUGGGCCGGCGCCGCCAUCCUGGUGCUGCAGACAUUGGCCGCGGCAGACGGUUCCUCGAGGACCUCGGGCACCAACGCUGGGGUGUUUGCCGACCUGAGCGCCCAAGAGCUGAAGGCCGUUCACAGCUUCCUCUGGUCCCAGAAGGAGCUGAAGCUGGAAUCGUCUGCAACAUUGACCGUGGCCAAGAACUCCGUGUUCCUCAUUGAGAUGCUUCUGCCCAAGAAGCACCAUGUGCUAAAAUUUCUGGAUAAAGGUCACAGACCUCCUGCUCGGGAGGCCCGGGUCAUCAUCUUCUUCGGAGCGCAGGAGCACCCCAACAUCACCGAGUUUGCUGUGGGGCCACUGCCAAGUCCCCAGUACAUGCGAGACCUGCCCCGCAAGCCCAGGCACCAGGCUUCCUGGGCCUCCAGGCCCAUCACUGGGACAGAGUAUGCCCUCCUGAGCCGCACCCUGCAGGAGGCCACCAAGCCCCUGGACCAGUUUUUCCGACACACCACAGGCUUCUCAUUUGUAGACUGCCACUCCCAGUGCCUGACGUUCACAGACGUGGCGCCCCGGGGCGUGGCCUCCGGCCAGCGCCGCACCUGGUUCAUCUUGCAGCUUCAGAUGGACGGCUACUUCCUGCACCCCACUGGGCUGGAGCUCCUCGUAGAUCAUGGAAGCAUGAACGCCCAAGACUGGACAGUGGAGCAGGUCUGGUACAACGGGAAGUUCUACCACAGCCCCGAGGAACUGGCAGAAAAGUACGCUGCCGGAGAGGUGGAUGUGGUGGUCCUGCAGGACCCGCUGGCCAAGGGCAAAGAUGGAGACAGCCUGCCGGAGUCGGCCCUCUUCUCCUUCUACGAGCCCCGUGGGUCCUUCCCCAGCUCCAUCACGAGCAACGGCCCCCGCCUGGUCCAACCCCAGGGCCCCCGCUACAGGCUGGAGGGCAACACCGUGUUCUACCGAGGCUGGAGUUUCGCCUUCCGGCUGCGCUCCUCCUCCGGGCUGCAGGUCCUGGAUGUCCGCUUCGGGGGUGAACGCGUAGCCUACGAGGUGAGCGUGCAGGAGGCCGCGGCACUCUACGGGGGACACACGCCUGCGGGCAUGCAGACCAAGUACCUGGACGUCGGCUGGGGCCUGGGCAGCGUCACUCAUGAACUGGCCCCUGGCAUCGACUGCCCAGAGACGGCCACCUUCAUGGAUGCCCUCCAUUACUAUGACACCGACGGCCCCGUCCACUACCCCCGAGCCCUCUGUCUCUUCGAGAUGCCCACAGGGCUUCCCCUCCGGCGACACUUUGACUCCAGCUUCAGCGGUGGCUUCAACUUCUAUGCAGGGCUCAAGGGCCACGUGCUGGUGCUGCGGACGACUUCGACUGUCUACAAUUACGAUUACAUCUGGGACUUUAUCUUCCACCCCAACGGGGUGAUGGAGGCCAAGAUGCACGCCACCGGCUACGUCCACGCCACCUUCUACACCCCCGAGGGGCUGCGUCACGGGACCCGCCUGCACACACACCUGAUCGGCAACAUUCACACCCACCUAGUGCAUUACCGCGUCGACCUGGAUGUGGCAGGCACCAAGAACAGCUUCCAGACCCUGCAGAUGAAGGCGGAAAACAUCACCAACCCCUGGAGCCCGAGACACCGCCUGGUCCAGCUGACUCUCCAGGAGACCAAGUACUCCCGGGAGCGCAAGGCGGCCUUCCGCUUCGGACGGGCUCUGCCCAAGUACCUGCUCUUCACCAGCCCCCAGGAGAACCCCUGGGGCCACAAGCGCAGCUACCAACUGCAGCUCCACUCCUCAGCUGACCAAGUGCUGCCCCCUGGCUGGCAGGAGGAGCGAGCUGUCACCUGGGCCAGGUACCCCCUGGCAGUGACCAGGUACCGGGAAUCUGAGCUGUGCAGCAGCAGCCUCUAUAAUCAGAACGACCCCUGGGACCCACCUGUGGUCUUCGAGGAGUAUCUUCACAACAAUGAGAACAUUGAAGAUGAGGACUUGGUGGCCUGGGUCACAGUGGGCUUCCUGCACAUCCCUCACGCAGAGGACGUCCCCAACACGGCCACACCCGGAAACUCCGUGGGCUUCCUGCUCCGGCCCUUCAACUUCUUCCCGGAGGACCCGUCCCUGGAGUCCAGAGACCUCGUGGUCGUGCGGCCUCAGGAAAAAGGCUCCAACUACGUCCAGCGCUGGAUCCCUGAGGAGGAGGGGGACUGCCUGAUGCCCCCCCCUUUUAGCUACAAUGGAACCUACAGGCCCGUGUGAAAGCGCCCCACCCCCCACUGAUGCCUACCUGAAGCCCAAGGGCCCCCACCCCCCAGGGACAGACAACAAGCCCCUCAGGGCUCAGCUCCUGAGCUCUGAACACGCACCAGGCCGGCGUGUAGGACACACACAGACAAGAGGCGCAGGCCUUGGCCUCCACUCCCCUCGGUCCCCUCCACCCCUGAAAAGACCUGCAUCACUGUGGCAAGUGACACUCGCUGAAUUGACCCAUCAGACUGGCUUAAAGAACCUGAGACUAGCAGCUCCUCUCGGGGGUCAGUGGGGCGCUCUCCCAGGGCGCUGAUGGGUGUGUAGGGCGACCACAGGAAGACACGAUGGAAAAAUCUAGCGGAAUUGCUGACACCUUUAUUACCCUUUGACACACUGAUCCAACUUCUAGGGGCGAUCUGCCUACAAACCCAGGAAAAAUAUAUGCGGUGCUGUGUGUGCUAACAAAGUCUGGAAACAACCCAACAUCCAUCCGCAGAGAUCCUACAGAUUCUGGAUAGACUAUGGAAAUGUCCGUACAACGCUAUUUUAGGUGAUUGUAAAAGAAACGUAUGAAUGAGGACAUUCUCUGUACUGAUGGGGAAAGAGCUUCAGGAUACACUAAGCAAGAAAACAGAACAAUAUAGAGAUGGCUUGCUAAUUGUUGUGUAAGAAAGGAGAGGAAUAUAUGUAUGCAUAAAAACCCUAGAAAAAUACACAAGAUGCUAAUAAACAUGGUUACCUGUU